UCCACGAAGGACGCACUUCAGCCACCGCAUGCCUGUGCCGGAGUGCGGAUCGUCGCCCUGUCAGCCACCAUUCCCAAUAUAGAAGACGUUGCCGAGUGGUUGUCUGAUAGGGAUGGAACGGCCACCUUCAUAAAAUUGGGCGAAAAACAUCGCCCUGUGAAACUUCGCAAAAUCGUGUUGGGAUUUCCUUUCUUUCGUGCGCAGACCGCCUUUAAGUUCGACUUGAUACUCAACUACAAGCUGGCAAGAAUUAUACAAACAUAUUCUGAGCAGAAGCCAACGCUCAUUUUCUGUGCGACCAGAAGAAGUGUCCAGCUGGCUGCAGCCACGCUGGCUAAAGAUGCCAAAUUCAUGAUUGAUUCCCAGCACAGGCAGAGACUGCAGGUGCAUGCUUCUUACCUGAAGGAUAUCAAGUUGAGAGAUUUGCUGACCAAAGGAAUUGCAUACCAUCAUGCAGGAAUGGAAAUGUCUGAUCGAAGAAACAUUGAAGACGUUUUCUUGCGAGGAGAACUGCCAGUACUGUUCUCCACAAGUACACUGGCUAUGGGUGUCAACCUUCCUGCACACCUGGUCAUCGUCAAAUCGACGAUGCACUACACCGGGGGAGGCAUGCUGCAAGAAUAUAGGGACACAGAUAUUCUACAGAUGAUUGGCAGGGCAGGAAGACCGCAGUUUGAUGUUUCAGCCACUGCCGUGAUACUGACAAGAAACGAAUUGAAAGAAAAAUAUGAACAAAUGCUCAGUGGGACCCAGAAACUAGAAAGCAGUUUGCACAUGAAUCUAACAGAGCACCUCAAUGCAGAGAUCGUCUUGCACACGAUCACAGAUGUCAACGUGGCAUUGGAUUGGAUCCGAUCCACAUUCCUGUACGUUCGGGCACUCAAAAACCCAAAGUAUUACAAAUUUGCCGCUGGUCUGAGCAAAGAGGAUAUUGAGAAGAAACUUCUGCAAGAACUAUGCUUAGAGAGUUUGAACUCACUGGCCACUUACAAGCUAAUUUGUAUGCAGAACGGAUAUAUUAAGCCAACAGAUGUCGGUAGAUUGAUGGCUUCCUACUACAUGGCAUUUGACACCAUCAAGCUGUUUGGCACUAUACAGGGAUCGGAAGCCAUUCAAGACCUGGUGACGCUCAUCUCAAGCUGUCGAGAGUACAAAGACAUCGCACUCCGCGUCAAUGAAAAGAAAGCCCUGAACACAUUGAACGUGGUCAAAAAGCACAUCAUACGAUUUCCAAUGCCCGGUAAAAUAAAAACCAGUGAAAUGAAAAUCAACUGUCUCAUUCAAGCUCAGCUGGGAUGUGUCCUCGUGCAAGAUUUUGCGUUGAUACAGGACACUGCGAAAAUCUUCAGGACUGGAAUCAGACUUACAAAAUGUCUCGCCGAAUUUUUGCAACAAAAGGAUAAACGGAAUAACUUCCAGGCCGUGCUGAAUGCAGUCCAACUCACGAAAUGUUUUCGUGCAAAGCUUUGGGAGAAUUCACCUUUCGUUUUAAAACAACUUGAAAAAAUCGGCUUCUCAAUGUCCAGCGCACUGGUCAAUGCUGGAUUGACAUCUUUUGAGAAAAUUGAAAACACUCAUGGACGGGAAAUUGAGUUGAUAGUGAACAGACACCCUCCAUUUGGGAACCAGAUGAAAGACGCCGUUCAGCAUCUUCCCAAGUACCAAGUCAGCAUGGUGCAGGGUCACCGGCACUACAAGGCUGUGGCUGAGGUGAUGAUCACAGUGGUUCUGAAGAACUUUGCGGAGCUGCAGUCCCAGCGCACAGCUCCGGACAGCCACAUCUGCACGCUGCUGAUGGGCAACUCCGACAACAACCUCGUCCACCGGCAAAUCAUCACAGACGACAUGCUGCUGAGAACGGGGAGUUGGAUGAAGAAGCUGGAAGUUGUUCGGCCGGAAAAAAGUGACAAGCUCGACAUCCACCUUCUCAGCUCGACGUACGUUGGUAUGGACAUCCAUCAGAGCUUCACUCCAUCCUACUCGAGCCCACGCACCCCUGGGCUCUAUGGGAAUGAGAGGCAUCUGCAGGCCCAAUCCCUGCAUGCUGCUACCUGUGAGAAACCAAAGACGUCUGUCUCAGCAGCAGGAGCAGCAGCAGCACAAGCAGCCGGCAAUGUGAAGCAACUUGCUGGCUUGGAUGAAUCCAAGAGAGGCUGUCUUCAUAACUGCAAAAACAAACAAUCGUGUGGGCACGAGUGCUGUAAAGGAAAUGUGGCCAGGUCAACGCCGCUGGCGCCUCGCACCUCGAGCGCUCACGUGCGGAGCUACUUGAGUGAACUCAAAAGCAAGAGCGUGAGUCUAACCGGCGUUCCAGAUAACAAAAGGCUCAAGGUUUGCUCUAUAAAGGGGGGAAUCUCAGUGAACUUAUCCAAGUUUGCUUACGCCCCGAAGCCUCAGUGUGGACCGCAUGACGACAGAUGCAGUGGUCCUUCUGAGCUGCUGUCGCCUCAAGGCGAAUUGGCUGUGACUGCUGGUGACAAGAGUGUGGAUGACACGUCGGGGUUCCAGAGAGUUGCCAAGGGGGGUGGACAAACUCCGAUCUCCCUUGAGCGUCGCUCAUGUUACGGUUCCAGCAUUUCAACAUCAAGACGACAGUCGGUGCGUCUCUCUCUCUGA